GAGAAACCAAAUUCAAUCUUUCAGAAACUUAAACCCAUCCCAUACAAACAACCACACUUUUGUUGACAAAUGGAGCAACCAAUUCCUCUUAUUUUCAUUCAACAGUAGACACUCUUUCAUUUUCAACAAAAAAACACUCCUUUGACUAAGUAGAAACUGUCGAUGGCCACACGCGAAAAAUGAUGAUGAAUUCUUAUAACACUCCUCCACAGAUGUAGUAAGUGUCAUCCAAGGAUCUAGCAAUUAAGAGUCAGAUAUUCAAUUUUCUGUGGAAGCAAUUAUCCUUCCCAGGAGACUUGUCAAGUCAAGCAACGAUCAAUUCGUUUCACAGAAGAAAUAAAACAAGGAUGCAUUCUUGUAGUGAGAGGAGGAUGAUGACAGUAAUAUGGAGCUUGUGUUUAAUCUUCUGCCUCUCUAACUCAAUACUUGCCAUUGCUAAAGACUUGUGUCUUCCCGACCAGAGGGAUGCUCUUUUAGAGUUCAAAAACGAGUUCUACGUCCAAGAGUUCGAUCCCCAUAUGAAGUGUGAAAAGGCAACAGAGACGUGGAGGAACAAGACUGAUUGCUGUUCUUGGAAUCGUGUCUCUUGUGAUCCUAAGACAGGCAAGGUCGUCGAGUUAGAUCUCAUGAGCAGUUGUCUCAAUGGCCCUUUGAGAUCUAAUAGUAGCCUGUUUAGACUACAACAUCUCCAGAGCUUAGAACUUAGCUCCAAUAAUAUUUCCGGUAUCCUACCAGAUUCCAUCGGCAACCUCAAAUAUUUGAGGUCUUUAAGUUUUCGUACUUGCCAUCUCUUUGGAAAGAUUCCAUCUUCACUCGGAAGUCUUUCUUAUCUCACUCAUCUUGAUCUUUCUUAUAACGAUUUCACCAGUGAAGGACCAGAUUCGGGUGGCAACCUAAACCGACUUACAGAUUUGCAACUUGUGCUACUCAACUUGAGCUCGGUCACCUGGAUCGACCUUGGUUCUAACCAGUUGAAAGGAAGGGGCAUUGUUGAUUUCAGCAUCUUCUUGCAUCUCAAGUCACUUUGUUCACUUGACCUCUCCUAUCUGAAUACAAGAAGCAUGGUUGAUUUGAGUUUUUUUUCACAUCUCAUGUCACUUGAUGAGCUGGAUCUUUCAGGGAUUAAUUUGAAGAUCAGUUCAACUCUCAGCUUUCCCUCAGCCACGGGCACCUUGAUUUUAGCAUCCUGCAAUAUUGUUGAGUUCCCCAAGUUUCUAGAAAACCAAACCAGUUUGUUUUAUCUAGACAUCUCUGCAAAUCACAUUGAAGGCCAAGUACCGGAGUGGUUGUGGAGACUGCCAACGUUGUCGUUUGUAAACAUUGCUCAGAAUUCCUUCAGUGGAGAACUACCUAUGUUACCAAACUCUAUCUAUAGCUUUAUAGCCUCUGAUAAUCAGUUUUCGGGAGAGAUUCCUAGAACAGUAUGCGAAUUGGUUAGUCUUAAUACACUUGUUUUAUCUAACAACAAAUUCAGCGGUUCUAUUCCCCGGUGUUUUGAGAAUUUCAAAACUAUUUCAAUCUUGCAUCUUCGGAAUAACAGCCUCUCGGGUGUUUUUCCAAAGGAAAUUAUCAGUGAAACCUUGACAUCACUUGAUGUUGGUCACAAUUGGCUAUCAGGACAACUUCCCAAGUCUCUGAUCAAAUGCACUGACCUCGAGUUUCUGAACGUGGAAGAUAACAGAAUCAAUGACAAAUUUCCAUUUUGGUUGAGAUCGUUGUCCAAUCUACAGAUUCUUGUCCUUCGUUCUAAUGAGUUCUAUGGGCCAAUAUUUUCUCUUGAAGAUUCUUUGAGUUUCCCCAAGUUGCGAAUCUUUGAUAUUUCGGAAAAUCACUUCACUGGAGUCUUGCCAUCAGAUUACUUUGCAGGUUGGAGUGCAAUGUCAUCAGUCGUAGACAUUUUUGAUACUACGCCUCAGGUUCACAUUUUAGGAGUUUUCCAGGGAUACUAUCAUAACUCUGUGGUUCUGACGAACAAAGGAUUAAAUAUGGAGCUGGUUGGGAGUGGUUUCACAAUCUACAAAACCAUUGAUGUCUCCGGAAACAGACUCGAAGGAGAUAUUCCAGAAUCGAUUGGUAUACUCAAGGAACUGAUUGUGCUCAACAUGUCAAACAACGCUUUCACAGGCCAUAUUCCACCAUCUCUAUCAAACUUGAGCAAUCUCCAAUCAUUGGAUCUAUCUCAAAACAGAUUAUCCGGCAGUAUCCCGCCAGAGCUCGGGAAACUUACGUUUCUGGAGUGGAUGAACUUCUCGUACAACAGGCUUGAAGGUCCAAUACCACAAGCCACUCAGAUUCAAAGCCAGAAUAGUUCUUCUUUCGCAGAGAAUCCCGGGCUUUGCGGUGCUCCUUUCCUAAACAAAUGUGGUGGAGAAGAAGAAGAAGAAGAAGAAGCAACAAAGCAAGAAGAAGAUGAAGAUGAAGAAAAGGAAGAGAAAAAUCAAGUAUUUAGCUGGAUAGCAGCUGCAAUAGGAUAUGUACCUGGUGUGUUCUGUGGACUCACCAUCGCCCACAUUCUCACUUCAUAG